GCCCUGGGAGCUUGAGGCUGAGACGCUGGUCCCAGGAGGUUUGUCGAGGCCAGGCUGCACAGGAAAGGAAUGAAGCCAAGAGUGCCUCAAAGUCCAGCCUGGUGGUGAUUAAUAUUAACACCCGAGUAUGGAGCUGGCAACAAUGGGGCCUGGAGCUUUCGGGGACGGGGACAGGGCUGAGGCCACUCCACACUCAGCACCAAGCUCCGGGGUCAGCCUGCACGCCUACGACAUCGGGGUGCUGGUCGUCUACUUUGUCUUUGUCAUCGCUGUGGGCAUCUGGUCAUCCAUUCGUGCAAGCCGAGGGACCAUUGGAGGCUAUUUCCUGGCGGGGAGAUCCAUGAGCUGGUGGCCAAUUGGAGCAUCUCUGAUGUCCAGCAAUGUGGGCAGUGGUUUGUUCAUCGGCCUGGCUGGGACAGGGGCUGCCGGAGGUCUUGCUGUGGGUGGCUUUGAGUGGAACGCAACCUGGCUGCUCCUGGCCCUUGGCUGGAUCUUUGUCCCCGUGUACAUUGCAGCUGGUGUGGUCACAAUGCCACAGUACCUGAAGAAACGAUUUGGGGGCCAGAGGAUCCAGGUGUACAUGUCUGUCCUGUCUCUCAUCCUCUACAUCUUCACUAAGAUAUCGACUGACAUCUUUUCCGGAGCCCUCUUUAUCCAGAUGGCCUUGGGCUGGAACCUUUAUCUCUCCACGGUGCUCCUGUUGGUGGUGACAGCAGUCUACACCAUUGCAGGGGGCCUCACGGCCGUGAUCUACACAGAUGCUCUGCAGACAGUGAUCAUGGUCGGGGGAGCCCUGGUCCUCAUGUUUCUGGGCUUUCAGGAGGUGGGCUGGUACCCAGGUCUGGAGCAGUGGUACAAGCAGGCCGUCCCUAAUGCCACAGUUCCCAACACCACCUGUCACCUCCCACGGCCUGAUGCCUUCCACAUGCUCCGGGACCCAGUGAGCGGGGACAUCCCUUGGCCAGGCCUCAUUUUCGGGCUCUCGGUGCUGGCCACCUGGUGCUGGUGCACAGACCAGGUCAUCGUGCAGAGGUCUCUCUCCGCCAAGAGUCUGUCCCAUGCCAAGGGAGGCUCCGUGCUGGGGGGCUAUCUGAAGAUGCUCCCUAUGUUCUUUAUCGUCAUGCCUGGCAUGAUCAGCCGGGCCUUGUACCCAGAUGAGGUAGGCUGCGUGGACCCUGAUGUCUGCCAAAGAAUCUGUGGGACCCGAGUGGGAUGUUCCAACAUUGCCUACCCCAAGCUGGUCAUGAGUCUCAUGCCCAUUGGUCUGCGGGGCCUGAUGAUUGCUGUGAUCAUGGCUGCCCUCAUGAGCUCGCUCACCUCCAUCUUCAACAGCAGCAGCACCCUUUUUGCCAUUGACGUCUGGCAGCACUUCCGCAGGAAGGCCACGGAGCAGGAGCUGAUGGUGGUGGGCAGAGUGUUUGUGGUGCUCCUGGUUGUCAUCAGCAUCCUCUGGAUCCCCAUCAUCCAAAGCUCCAACAGUGGGAAGCUCUUCGACUAUAUCCAGUCCAUCACCAGCUACCUGGCACCACCCAUCACUGCCCUCUUUCUGCUGGCCAUCUUCUGCAAGAGGGUCACAGAGCCUGGAGCCUUCUGGGGCCUCAUGUUUGGCCUGGGAGUGGGGCUUCUGCGCAUGAUCCUAGAGUUUUCGUACCCAGCUCCAGCCUGUGGGGAGGUGGACAAGAGGCUGGCCAUGCUGAAGGACUUCCACUACCUCUACUUUGCCCUCCUCCUCUGCGGGCUCACUGCCAUCGUCAUCAUCACUGUCAGCCUCUUUACAAACCCCAUCCCUGAGGAAAAGCUUGCUCGCCUGACUUGGUGGACCCGGAACUGCCCCCACUCAGAGCUGGAGAAGGAGGCCUCCGAGAGCUCACCAGAGAUAUCAGAGAGGUCAUGUGGGGAGUGCUCCAUAGGAAGUGGAGCAUCAGAGAACCCCAGCCAGGGCCAGGAGCUGCCUGGAGCCCCACACAGGUCCUGGGGGAAGCUGCUCUGGAAUUGGUUCUGUGGGCUCUCUGGGGUCCCAGAGCAGGCCCUGAGCCAAGUGGAGAAGGAUGCACUAGAGCAGAAGCUUACCAGCAUCGAUGAAAAGCCGCUCUGGAGAAACGUUUGCAACAUCAAUGCUGUCCUUUUGCUGGCCAUUAACAUCUUCCUCUGGGGCUAUUUUGCAUGACUUUACAGACCUGACUUCAGAUUAAACACGGCCCGAAACUGGCCAGCCAGAGACAGACUCACCUCUCAUCUUGCUUUUCAAACUGGAGGCUACAGAGGCUGCGACUGCAAGAGCCCCUGAAGGAUAUGUAACCCAGCCACCACACUUGACAGGGAGAGAAACGGAGACCCAGACUGAGCACUGGGUUUGCUCAGGGUCACACAGCAGGGACUCGAACGGGGUGUCUUGGCUCCAGCUCUCUUUCAUUACAUUGCCUUAUACCCUACCUCAAAAAUACCAUUUUCACCCUCUCGUUGAGGCUCUUCACUAGCUUUUACUGUAAGUGAAGUCUUUAGGCUAGAAAAAGUGGAAGAUAGGUAGGAGUAGCAAGAAAAUUGCAAAAUACCAAGUAUAUCUUUGCUCACUCAUAUGGCUUUCCCUUUUUCCCUUUCCAGUUUCCCUUCCACUCUACAGUGAUCAAUCAACCCCCAGUAAUCUAUUUAUAGCAUGACUCUCCCCAGGAGUGCCUUGUUAUUCCAUUGGUUGCUCCACAAUGGUGGCUCUCAGACCCAAAGGAGUGAGGGGCCAAAGGGAAUUUAAGCACGGUGGCACAUGGCAUUUUUGGGCAGGGAGCUCUUGGAUAAGGGACUCUCCUUGGCACUACUCAGAUGCUUCCUCUUUCUACACAUGCCAACAUGCACACUGUCUCCAUGGCCUGAGGAACUUAAGAGUCCAGUUGGAGAGGCAUGACUUUUUGAAAACGAGAGGAAUCAAGACAUGCUACUCUGUAAUUAGGUGUAGGUGCUGGUGAGGGGGAUGGCCCUACAGAGGGGUACACAGACAGGAUCCAAGCAUUUGAGCCUCUGUCCCUCUCCCUUUAUCUGCCAAGUGUAUGCCUACUCUGGAAAACACCAUGAUCCCACUUUGGUGUCCUUCAGGAAGCUCAAGAUUAGGUAAAGGUCUUAUUCCUGCUCCCAUAACCCCUGUACUUGCUUUUAUCGUAGCACUGAUCACACUUUAUUGUAAUGUCUGCCUCCCCUACUAGAUUUAGUACACCAUAUGGUCAGGGACAAAGGGCCAUGUCCCAAGUAACUCUGUACCCAGAAAAUAACAGGUAUUCAAUAAAUGUUUGUUGAAUAAAUAAAUUCCCCAAAGUCCAGGUAGGCUUUGUACUGUUGCCAUCUGAGUAGUGACUUGGGUUGUCAGGUUGUGGAGGCAAGGAGUCUCCUUAAAUUGGAGCUUGAACAACUAAGUCUCAGAUGUCUAGAGUGACACCAUAAUCCUUUCUGAUCCAUUGCCAAGGACACAAAAUGAGAACGUCCCUUCCUUCUUCUGUCUCCCUGUCUAGGCUGCCCCUACUCUCUUCAGUUCUUCUUUAAUGCUGCCUUUGAUCAUCAUUUUACUCUAAUCAAUAAUCAAAAUUGGAUACAAAUAAAAUUCUAGGGUCAGCUGAAUUUGUCCUGUUUGAGAUUUAAAUAAAAUGACUUUAUGAACAC